AUGGAUGCAUCUGGUGAUAUUGGCGCUAAGCGCAAGCGUAGCUCUGUCGGCGCGGUGGAACGACCAGCAAAACACCUCAAGCCUGAAGAAUCGGUCCUGAUUCCCAGCGACUCCACGCCUGUCAAUGGAACUGUUUACGAUAUCGAGGAGGACGAUGAAGAUGCCAGUCAUAUUAUUUCUCUGGGUGUAGCACAGGCCGACUCACCGGAGUGGCAGGCAACAAUUGAGACGGUUGUGAAAAGUGUCGUGUCAAUUCAUUUUUGUCAGACUUGCUCAUUUGAUACGGACCUUUCCAUGAGUAGUCAGGCCACUGGCUUCGUGGUGGAUGCUGAACGAGGAUAUAUCUUGACCAACCGGCAUGUGGUAUGCGCUGGUCCGUUCUGGGGUUAUUGUAUCUUUGAUAACCACGAGGAGUGUGAUGUCCGUCCAGUCUAUCGAGACCCCGUCCAUGACUUCGGUAUCCUCAAAUUCGAUCCUGCGGCUAUUCGAUACAUGAAACUAGGCGAACUCAAGCUUCAACCCAAGGCAGCUCAAGUAGGCGCCGAAAUUCGUGUGGUUGGUAACGAUGCAGGUGAAAAGCUGAGCAUUCUUUCCGGUGUCAUCAGUCGACUGGACCGCAAUGCUCCAGAGUAUGGCGAGGGUUACUGUGAUUUCAACACAAAUUACAUACAGGCUGCGGCUGCGGCCAGUGGGGGCAGUUCAGGAAGUCCUGUCGUUAAUAUCGAUGGCCAUGUUGUGGCAUUACAAGCUGGUGGUCGAUCCGACGGUGCUGCAACAGAUUAUUUCCUGCCCCUCGAUCGGCCGCUGCGUGCUUUGGAGUGCAUUCAACAGAAAACCCCUGUCACCCGAGGUACCAUCCAAACUCAAUGGAUUCUCAAACCGUUUGACGAGUGUCGUCGUCUUGGCUUGACUCCAGAGUGGGAGGCCAUAGUUCGCAAAGCAGCUCCUAUGGAAACCAACAUGCUUGCCGCUGAGAUUAUCUUGCCUGAAGGUCCCGCGGAUGGAAAAUUAGAGGAAGGUGACGUUCUCUUGAAAGUUAAUGGCGAACUUUUGACCCAGUUUGUGCGCCUCGACGAUAUUCUCGACUCUAGCGUUGGUAAGAGCAUUGAUCUUCUAGUGCAACGAGGAGGCGAAAACAUUGAGGUCAAGUGUGAAGUCGGUGAUCUUCACGCCAUCACCCCUAGCCGAUUUGUCACUGUUGCUGGAGGUACAUUCCACGAUCUGUCGUACCAACAGGCUCGCCUAUAUGCUAUUGCGACUCGUGGAGUGUACGUGUGUGAGGCUGCCGGCUCAUUCAAGCUGGAGAAUACCGUGUCCGGAUGGAUCAUUGAUUCGGUGGACAAGCGGCCGACUCGGAAUCUGGAUGAGUUUGUAGAGAUCAUGAAGACAAUCCCAGACCGCUCGCGCGUGGUCAUCUCUUAUCGCCAUAUUCGGGAUUUACAUACAAAGGGCACCAGCAUCAUCCAUAUCGACCGCCACUGGCAUCCGAAGAUGCGCUUGGCAGUUCGCAAUGACGAAACUGGACUCUGGGACUUUUCCGAUAUCUCAGAUCCCAUCCUUGCUGAGGCUCCGGUGCCGCGCAAAGCGGACUUCAUCCAGCUAGAUGGUGUAAACCAGCCUGCUGCCGCAGAAAUUGUACGCAGUUUCGUGCGGGUAUCAUGCACAAUGCCUUUGAAGCUUGAUGGUUACCCACAGUCCAAGAAGACAGGCUUUGGUCUGGUGAUUGAUGCUGAGAAGGGUCUUGUUGUCGUUUCCCGGGCGAUUGUGCCUUACGAUCUUUGUGACAUCACUGUCACUGUCGCUGAUUCCAUCAUCGUCAAUGCCAAGGUGAUCUUCCUACACCCUCUUCAAAACUACACUGUCAUCCAAUAUGACCCCAGCCUGGUGCAAGCGCCAGUGCAAAGUGCCCGACUCAGCACGGAGUACAUCAAGCAAGGGCAGGAUACUAUUUUCGUCGGUUUCAACGGCAACUUCCGCAUUGUCGUAGCUAAGACAGUUGUCACCGACAUCACUACUGUAUCAAUCCCUGCUAACGCGUCAUCUCCCCGGUACCGCGCCAUUAACCUGGAUGCCGUGACCGUGGACACUGGACUCAGCAGCCAGUGUAUGAACGGUGUUUUGAUCGGAGAGGACGGUAUCGUUCAAGCUCUGUGGCUCAACUACCUUGGUGAGCGUACCCCUAGCUCCCACAAAGACGUCGAGUACCAUCUUGGAUUCCCCACACCAUCGUUGCUUCCCGUCAGUACCAAGAUUCAGCAGGGUGUAAUCCCUAAACUCCGUAUCCUGAACAUGGAAAGCUAUGUUGUGCAGAUGAGCCAGGCCCGCAUCAUGGGUGUAUCAGAAGAGUGGAUCCAGAAGGUGGCGCAGGCUAACCCUUCGCGCCAUCAGCUCUUCAUGAUCCGCAAGGUUGACUGUCCACCAUCAACCUUCCCCUCCAAGGUCGACAGUUUCCAAGAGGCCGACAUUAUUCUCACGUUAGACGGCCAGCUCAUCACCCGGGUGUCUGAGCUGGAUGUCAUGUAUGAAAAGGAAGUUCUGGAUGCUUUGAUCAUCCGAGACGGACAGGAGAUGCGCAUACGAGUCCCCACAAUCCCAACAGAGGACCUGGAAACUGACCGUGCUGUCGUUUUCUGCGGCGCUGUCCUCCAGAAACCCCAUCAUGCUGUGCGGCAGCAAAUCUCCAAGCUUCACAGCGAGGUCUAUGUUUGCGCAAGGAGUCGUGGCUCCCCUGCUUACCACUAUGGCCUGGCACCCACCAACUUCAUCACAGCCGUCAACGGCGUCCCAACCCCCGAUCUCAAUUCCUUCGUCAAGGAAGUACGCAAGAUCCCAGACAACACCUACUUCCGUCUUCGAGCAGUGACCUUCGACAAUGUACCGUGGGUAGUCACCAUGAAGAAGAACAACCACUAUUUCCCUAUGUCCGAGUACAUCCAGGAUGUCUCCAACCUCGCUGGCUGGCGCACGGUUCACCUCGAGUGA